GCGGGCGGAAGCCGGAGCCGUCCCCGCCGGGCAGCGCGGGCAGCGGGGCCGCCGGGCACCAUGGCUGCCCUGAGCAGCUUCUUCCGACGGAGCCUGCGGCGCCCGGGCCGCAGAGAAGGAAAAGUGGAGGGUUCUGCUGCAGAGACCAGCUCCUCACGGGUGCCUCAGGGGAAACCAGGCGAGCGAAGCUCCCUCUUCUAUUCUGCUGGACAGUUCUUCUUCGAGUACCUGGUGGUGGUGUCGCUGAAGAAGAUGUCAGAUGGACAUUAUGAACCCAAGAUAACCUACCAGUUCCCAAAGCGUGAGAACUUGCUGAAGGGCCAGAAGGAGGAGGAGGAACGUCUCUUGAAAGCCAUCCCCCUCUUCUGCUUCCCCGACGGCAACAACCGGGUCCCUGUCACAGAGUUCACCAGUGAAACCUUUUCUUUUGUCCUGACCAACGUGGAUGGCAGCAGGAAGAUUGGCUACUGCAGGAGGCUGCUGCCAUCUGGCCGUGGUGUCCGCCUCCCUGAGGUCUUCUGCAUCAUCAGCUGCCUGGGCUGCUUUGGGCUCUUCUCCAAGAUCCUGGACGAGGUGGAGAAGAGGCGCCAGAUCUCCAUGGCAGUGAUUUACCCCUUCAUGCAGGGCCUCCGGGAAUCGCCCUUCCCAGCUCCAGGGAAAAGUGUCACCAUUAAAAGCUUCAUCCCUGAGUCAGGCACAGAGCUCAUUGAGCUGACACGUCCAGUGGAUGCCCACCUGGAGCACGUGGAGUUUCAGGCCCUGCUCCAGAGGCUCAGCCCCCACCUCAUCCUGCACAUCUUCGCCUCCGCCGUGUUGGAGCGACGGCUCAUCUUCCUGGCAGAGGAGCUGAGUGUCCUGUCUCAGUGCAUCCACGCGGUGGCCGCUCUCCUCUACCCCUUCACCUGGGCUCACACCUACAUCCCCGUGGUUCCCGAGUGCCUGCUGGACACUGUCUGCUGCCCCACACCCUUCAUGGUGGGCAUCCAGAUGAGGCACCUGGAGAGGGUCCUGGACCAGCCAAUGGAGGAGGCUCUCAUAGUUGACCUCUGCGAAGGGAAGAUCAUCCGGGCGGUUGGUGAUGAGGAGGAGAUCCUGCCCGUCAAGCUGCAGAACGAGGUGUUGACAUCUCUGAGCAGGCACAACAACAACAACAACGUGCAGACAUCUGAGCAGGUGAAUGCUCUGGUCUCUGAGACCUUCGUGCAGUUCUUUGUCCGGGUGGUUGGUCAUUAUGCCUCAUACAUCAAGUGGAGUAAAAAUGGUUCUGGAGCCUUCCAGGAGCGACCUUUCUGCAAAGCCAUCACCUCCAAGACCAGCCGCAGCCUAUUUCCAGAGGAAAAUAACAGAGUACCAAGCACAGAAGCAGCACCGAAGGGCCUCCUGAAGUCCAACCUGGGAGCACAGGAGCGGGGCUGGGACCCAGCAGGUCCCCACCAGCAGCACCAGCCCCACGUGUGUGCCCCAUCCGAGGGCAGAACUCGCCGGACUCUGCUGGCUCCGUCCGCCCGGUCCUGCCCAGCCGUGACUCGUGGGGUGUGUGGGCAGCACCAACCAACCAACCAGUUCCUACCCUUUCCGUUUGGUUUUGUUGUUUGGUUUUUUUUUUUUCCUCAGGGCAUCGUUGCACUGGAAAUCUUUUUGCACAGUGAGCAGGCUGGGGUUUCUCUUUCCAAUCAGGGACAAACUGCAGCUCCAUCAGGACCUCCGGCAGCGAGGGAGGGGAGGCAGGGAACUGGCUGCAGGACAACAAAGGCUGUAGAGUAAUUGUUAGAGAAAACCAAGGAAAAGGAUGAGUAGGAAAUAGUGUUCUUUCUAAUUAAAACAAACCUCGGGUUUGCAAAGAAGAAACAUCCUAUUGAACAAGUUUCUGAAGAUUCUAUUAUUAA